AAAAGGCCGAUUACAUGUCAGGGAAGGGGGGAGAGAGAGGAGAGAGAAAGAUGGAGACCGGGAUAGCGGCGGUCGAGAAGGUCGGCGGCAGGUCAACGGUCACCCGCUGCUUCUCCAAAUACCCUCUCAAGCUCAUCGUCCCCAACAAGGUCGGCUCCUCCAAAACCGACGCCGUUUGGAUCUACACUCUCUCCUACGGCGGCGGUAUCGUCUCGGGAGAUCGAAUUUCUUUGAGCAUAGGUGUCGGUGAUGGCUGCACUGCAGCGGUGACAACUCAGGCUUCUACCAAGGUAUAUAAGUCUGUGGAUUCAAAGUGCUCUGAGCAAGUAUUAGAGGCUAGAAUUGGAAGAAAUGCGCUUCUGGCAGUUAUUCCAGAUCCUGUGACCUGUUUCUCAACUGCUAGGUAUUCCCAGAAGCAAGUAUUCAGAGUCUUUUCUGAUUCAAAUUUGGUCAUUGUUGAUUGGAUAACCAGUGGUCGUCAUGAAAGUGGAGAAAAAUGGGAGUUCGAGCUCUACAGGAGUACCAAUCAGAUUUUCUUAGAAGAAGACCAGCCAUUAUUUCUUGAUUCGGUUCUACUGGAACAAGCAUCUACUUGCAGUAUUGCUGAACGCAUGCAGGAAUACCAUGUUAUUGCAAUGGUCAUAAUCUUGGGACCCAUGUUAAAGCAUGUUCAAAAUCAAGUUCAAGAUGAAGUGAAGAAGAUGAUGUCCAGACAUUUCCGUGUUCCCACCCCCACUGCAGGGCAUUAUAUGAGAUCAGAGUCACAAAGUGGCCCAACCAGACCAGCCUUAGUUGCUUCUUGCAGUGCCUUUGGUCCUCAGGCAAUUGGGGUUGUAGUUCGAAUAGCAGCAGUAACCACUGAGUCAGUUUACAUGUUUUUACGGCAUCACCUAGCUACCUUGGAGCCAUUUCUGGGAGUAAUACCAUAUGGAUAAUCUAGAAGACAAGGCCUUGGAUGAUGAAAGUGCAGACAUGUUUUUUGAAACCCAAAUGUUUUGCUGUUAUUUUUCACCAAUAUCUCUGAUUUUCCUUUUCUUUUUUCUUUUUUUUAAAUUUCCCCUUUGUAAGCUAGGUUCGUUUGGGAUCAUUAAAUAAAAGACAUCAUCAUUUGAAAUAAUCAAUUCCUGGCCUCAUUAUUAUCUUAAA